UCGAGGUAAUCACGUGUGUCGCUGCGCACAUGCGCGUGCGCGGCAAAGUGAUGGAGCGUGUUUCUCCGUUUUAAGCGUACAGUACCAGUUAAGUACUGGAUACGGUGAGCGAAGCGAGAGUCGCGGUGCGCGGCGUACAGUCCGGAUUGUUUGGUACUGACACCACGUCUCUCGUGUAUGGGUCGUAUGCGCCGUGUGUAAUCCCAAGAUGGCGUCCGCGGAACAGGUCGGCCUCAACAAAACAUGGGAAUUGUCGCUCUACGAGCUGCACCGCACCCCGCAGGACGCGAUCACCGACAGCACGGAGAUCGCGGUCAGUCCGCGGAGUCUGCACAGCGAGCUCAUGUGCCCCAUUUGCCUGGACAUGCUGAAGAAGACCAUGACCACCAAGGAGUGCCUCCACCGUUUUUGCUCCGACUGUAUUAUCACGGCUUUACGGAGCGGUAACAAAGAAUGUCCUACGUGCAGGAAGAAAUUGGUUUCCAAAAGAUCUCUCAGACCGGAUCCAAACUUUGAUCUGCUAAUCUCAAAAAUCUAUCCGAGCAGAGACGAGUAUGAAGCUCAUCAGGAACGAGUUUUGGCUAAACUGAAUAAGUCGCAUUCGCAGGCCGCGCUCGUUAACUCUAUUACGGAGGGCAUUAAGCUACAAAGUCAAAAUCGUCCGCAACGUUCCAGAAAAAAUGCCAACGAAUCUGAGAAUGCGAGCAACGCAACGUCUUACAACAAUACACCAAAUAUUAGCGCACCUACAACACCAAAUCCGUCUACGAAUAUGGCGAAUCAAAGUGAUUCCUCUCAGAGUGCAACGGGACCUUUGAAUAGUGGAGGAACGACAUCUAGAAACUCUACCACACCGUCACCAAAUCCCGCGAAUCAAAUCCCAAAACCGUCAAAAAGGCAAAAAAGCCUUCAAAAUUCCGAGAAUGAUUCCUCUAGCGCGGAGGCUGAGACUGGCGGCGGCGAUUCCAUGGUUGACACGGAAGGUGAAGGUCCCAGUGAACCUUUGAUGCUUAACGAAAUUGAACUUGUCUUCAAACCACAUCCUACAGAGAUGGCAGGUGACAAUUCUUUAAUAAAAGCAUUGAAGGAGAACAGUAUUCGCUAUAUAAAAACAACAGCAAAUGCCACAGUGGACCACUUGAGCAAAUAUUUGGCAAUGCGUUUAACGUUAGAUUUGGAUACCGAAUUGUCGGAAUCAGAUAGGCUAUUAAAUUUCUGUAUCUAUAUCGCGCCUUCACCCGGGCAGCUUGUGGUGCUAAGUGGCUCACAAACGUUACGGCAAGUGAACGAUAAAUUCUGGCGUGUUAAUCGACCCUUGGAAAUGUACUACUCAUGGAAGAAGACCUAGGGAAGGCCUCAAAAGUAUCAAUCGGAUGAGAGCUAAUUGCGCCAUACUUCGAAGAAAGGAAAGAAUUAUCAUUCAUAUUGCGUGGAAUAUAGUAAAAUAUAUCGAGUAUAGAAAAUAUAUAUCGUUGUUGUAUUGUACUGUAUUUCCACGCUUUCAGUUUAAUUCAACAUUACGGAAAUAUUCAUAAUCAUCGACAAUGGUGCAAUUUUUACAUCUUUAAAAUCGGUUGCCAAUAAUGGUUUUGUUGAUAAAAAUUGAACGGGGCAACUAAUGAAACUAAACUUAUGAAACUGAUUUAAGCGGCAUUGUACGUCCCGAUAUUACGUCGUUCGAAAGAUGCAAUAUAUUGUUUAAUUUCCUUGUUACAUUUACAUGUAAAUUUAUUAUUUUAAAAUGAGAUUUAUAUUUUUCGAAAUGGCAAACUUGAAAUUUUUAGAUGUUGUGCCUAAAAGAAAAUGCAAUGAUAAUUUUUACAAUAUUUUGUAUAUUGCCUUACUGUCCAUUAAUUAAUUGUAUCGAGGGACCAUCAAAACAGUAGCUCAUAUCAUUAAUGUCAAUAAUAAACGAUUAAAAUUCAGUGAGUGAUAGGAAUUUGGGAGAAUAAUUAAAUCUUUUUCUUUUAAUAUUUGCAUUAUGUUGUAUUAUAAAUAAUUAAAUAAUCGUAUAUCGACAUUAUACAUUCUGAUUUAUCGAAUAUGCAUUAAAAUAUCAGUCCAUCUUUAAGUGUCUCAGUUUUUAUGUUAAUAACUUUUGAACGAAGUUCAUAUCACGUUCAGGUUAAACUCUUUAAAGAUUUAUCAGAAACUUGAUCUUUUACCAUAGAAUCACCGUUGACAGUAAUUUCUGCAUUAGAAAAAACAUUUUCAAAAUUUCGAAGGAAACUAAAUAAAUUUAUUGAAAAAUGGCUGUCGGUUAGCGCUGACUUAAUAUAUAUUCAUGAGUGGACACACGGCUUUCAGGAUGUACGAUUGUCGCUUAAAUUCAAAUUGAACUGCAACAGCUGACAAAUGUGUAUGCAAAUGAAACUAUAAAUUCGAAUUGCAAUUACCAUUUCACAUCAUACAAAGUAAUAUCUACAGGAGUUUUACGUACGUUUAUAAAGGGUAUAUAUGUUACAUUCACGCGUAUUCAUGUUGUUCCAUCAUUCAAUGGUCUUAAUAGUCAUUAAUUUAUUUACAUGAUUCUCAAUCACGUGGACCAUGCUGUAUAGUUUGCAGAAAAAGAAUAAAUCUAUGUACAUAUAUGA